AUGCCCUCAACUCACAACAAAGAUAAGCCAUGGGAUACCCCAGAUAUUGACAAGUGGAAGAUUGAGGAAUUUAAGCCUGAAGACAAUGUCUCGGGAAUGCCUUUCGCCGAAGAAUCCAGCUUUAUGACUCUAUUUCCAAAAUAUAGAGAAGCUUACUUAAAAUCAGUGUGGAACGAUGUUACGAGGGCAUUGGACAAGCACAACAUUGCAUGUGUCUUAGACCUUGUGGAGGGGUCUAUGACCGUGAAAACGACCAGAAGAACUUACGACCCCGCGAUCAUACUUAAAGCUAGAGAUCUGAUAAAACUUUUAGCCCGUUCGGUACCAUUUCCACAAGCGGUGAAAAUUCUUCAAGACGAUACUGCUUGCGACGUUAUCAAAAUUGGCAAUUUUGUGAGCAACAAAGAACGUUUUGUCAAAAGAAGGCAACGGCUUGUUGGCCCCAACGGCAAUACACUAAAGGCUUUGGAGCUGCUGACAAAAUGUUACAUCCUAGUUCAGGGUAAUACAGUUAGUGCCAUGGGUCCAUUCAAAGGCCUGAAGGAAGUUCGUCGAGUUGUUGAAGACUGCAUGAGAAACAUUCACCCCAUUUACCACAUAAAAGAGCUCAUGAUCAAGCGUGAGCUCGCUAAGAGGCCUGACCUUGCCGAGGAGGACUGGUCUCGCUUUCUUCCAAUGUUCAAAAAGAGGAACGUCGCUCGCAAGAAGCCCAAAAAUAUCAAACCCAAGGAAAACAAAGUGUAUACUCCUUUCCCGCCCGCACAGCAACCUAGAAAGAUUGAUUUGCAAAUUGAAAGUGGUGAAUAUUUCUUGACCAAGAAGGAGAAGGAAGCUAAGAAAUUGGAGGAGCGCAAAAGAGAACAGGCAGAAAAACAAGUUGAGAAGAACAAGGAACGAGCGAAGGACUACGUUGCACCUAUCGAAAAAGGGUACGAGGGCAGCUCAAAAAAAAGACGCCAUGAAGUUCAGGAGUCCCCCAAAAAAAAGACAAAGGUAUAG